AUGGCAUUUGACGGCAAUGAAACUAGGCAGUUAAAUCAUGAACAGUAUUUGGAGAAUGAUGAAAAUGAGAAUGCGUUUUGUGGAAACAAAGAAACUAUUACGUUAAUAUGGUUUGAUCAAAAUAUAAAGCUGAAUAUGAAAGAUAUUCAAUUGACAAAAAAUAUGCUAAGAGAAAUUAAUGAUUAUGUUUUAUUUUUUGCUCAACUUGGUGAUUGCAUCUAUUAUAUCAAAUCAGUAAAAUCGGAGACAAUAUUUCUUAUUGUAUCCGGUAGUGAUGCAGACGUUUUAUUAUCGGAAAUACAUGAUCUUCGCCAAGUUGAUAGUAUUUUUAUAUUUUGUAUGGAUAAAUUAAAAUAUGAAAAAGCAUUGAUUGAAAAAGCCAAUUAUUAUAAAAUAAUCGAUAUUUUUAUUCAGCAAAAUAGCUUAAUUAAAAGUAUUCAACGUAACAUUCAAUUAGCUGAGAAACAAAUUAAUACUUUUAAUUUAUACAAUCAAAAUCAAAAAUCGUCGCGAAAUAUAACAAACGAAUCCGGAUCAUUCAUUUGGCAUCAACUAUUGAAAGAUGUUUUGCAAAAAAUGCCAAGUGGCGAUAAAAAUGCAAAAGAAGAAAUGCUGAAUAAGUGUCGCCUCUAUUAUCGAGGUAAUCAGAAAGAAUUACGAAAUAUUGAACAAUUUAAUAACGCAUAUUCGAUUGCUAACGCAUUAGAAUGGUAUACAAAGGAUAGCUUUAUAUACAAAUUAAUCAAUAAAGCUUUAAGAACAGAAGAUGUUGAAGCAUUGUAUACAUUUCGUUUUUAUCUCAUUGAUUUAUGUUCUCAAUUAGUUGAUAAACAUGAAUUGGUAUUGAAAUGCUAUAAAUUAUUAAAACUUUAUCGAGGAACGAAACAGACACAAGACGAAAUUCAACGUUUAAAAAAUAGUAUCGGUCACUUGAUACUAACCAAUGGAUUUCUUUCAACAAGUAAAAGUCGAGAAGUAGCCGAAAUCUAUGCUGGUAUUGCUGUUGUUAAUACUAAUGCUAGCAGCAAAAAUUUAGAAUCAAUUAUUUUUGAAAUUGAUUAUAACACAAGUAUUCAUCGGUCAAGUAUUGUUGCUGAUAUUACAUGCUACAGUCGUUUUCGAGAUGAACAAGAAUUUUUGUUUGAUCUUGGAACAGUCUUCGAGAUGCAAGAUGUUGCCUAUGAUGAAGAGAAAAAAUAUUGGAUUUGUAAAAUGACUCCGUCCGACAAAGGCUUAGAAAUAGCGAAAGAAUACGUCAAUUUUCAAAGAAACGAAAUGCAUGAUACAAAAUUGGAUAUUUUUGUUUUAUUCGGUAAUCUACUUUAUGAUAUGGGAGAAUAUAUUAAAUGCCGUCAUUACUUUGAAAAUCUAUUACAUGUUCAACGUGAUCAAGAUUCUUCUACUACUAUUGAUAUUUAUCGAGGAUUAGGACGAGCCUUUCUCGGAAUAAAAGAUUUUGAAUUAUCACGGAAGUAUUUGCAGCAUGCUUAUGAUUUAUGCAUCAAAAGUGAAUCAACUUCUUUUAACAAACUUGGCAUAAUAUUGAGCUAUAUAGGUUACACGUAUGAUUUUCAAGGAAAGUUUAAUACGGCUUUAGAGUAUUAUUUCAAAGGAUUACAAAUACUUGAAAGAGAUCUGAAUAACAAACGAUCCAUCGCUUAUACACUAACUAGAAUCGGUACAGCAUAUUACGGCAAAGGGCAAGAUGAUUUAGCUUUAGAAUAUUUAAAAAAAUCAUACAAAUAUCUUGAAAGCUCGGUACCUGAAGAUCAUCUUGAUAUGGCUGAAUAUUAUAAUAAUAUGUGCAUGGUUCAAUAUCAUAAAGGAUGUUAUGAUCAAGCCUUAUACUACCAAAUAAAGUCGUAUGAAAUUCACAAAAGAAUUUGCCCUGUUGAUAACCAUAUGCGUCUUAGCGUGAGCACGAAUAAUAUCGGUAAAUGUUAUUAUAAAAAAUGUCAAUACACACAAGCUAUGGAAUAUUUUGAACAAAGUUUAGACAUAGCCAGAAGAGUGUUGAAGGGUGAUGAUAAUUAUCGAGACAUGGGUAUGAGAAUAAAUAAUAUUGGAAAAUGUUUUUAUCGAGAAAAAAAUUAUUCUGAAGCCUUGAAACACUAUGAAAUAGUAUUAAAACUGAUACAAAAGGCUAAUUUAAACGAUCAUGUUGACAAGGCAUAUACACUAAAAAAUAUGGGUGAAGUUUAUUUGGAUUUAUUUAAUUUUGAUUUUGCAUUAAACUAUUUCACGGAAGCACUUGAUAUGUAUAAGAAGACGUUUAAUGAUUUAGAACAUCGUGAUGUGGCGAAGUGUUUACAUCUAAUUGGUCAAGUUUACUAUUGUAAAAACAAUGAUGAUGAUAAUGCUAUGUGUCAAGAUUGUUAUGAUAAAGCAUUAAAUAUAUGGAAAAAUGUUUUACCCGGGGAUCAUCCAGAUUUGGCAUUGUGUUAUAAAAGUAUGACUCUAUUUUAUUUACACAGAAAAUCAGAUUAUAUUGAAGCAGAGAAAUAUUUUUCAAUAUCCUAUCAUAUGUACAAGCAAGCAUUAACCGAAGAUCAUCCUCAUUUGAUUGAAAUGCAUAACAUAAGACAAAUGAUUUCAAAAUCUAGACGACAAGCAACACUGUCUAUGACGAUUGAUACUGUGCAAAUUAUUUUAUUUUUGUUUUUAUUUUCGAUUGUGCUUUGGUUUUAG